AUGGUUUAUCCUUCUGAAGGCUUAUUUUACAUCGAAAUGGAUCAAGCGCCACCAGCUCUGCCACCUCGGUCUGCAAAGCCAAUUUCCUCGAGCCCCAACAACAACAUUCGGCCUGCACUUUCUCUACAAGACGCUGAAUGGUACUGGGGAGACAUCACAAGAGAUGAGGUGAACGAAAAGCUGAGAGACACACCUGAUGGAUCUUUUUUAGUGCGCGAUGCCUCAACUAAACUACAAGGAGAUUUUACCUUGACAUUACGGAAAGACGGGCACAACAAGCUGAUCAAAAUAUAUCACUGCGACGGCAAAUAUGGAUUUUCCGACCCUCUUACUUUCAACUCCGUCGUAGAACUUAUCUGGUACUAUCAGCAACAUCCACUGGUGGAGUAUAAUGCAACGCUGGACCUGAUGCUCACUAAUCCUUUGUCUCGCUUCCAGGUGAAUGAAGACACUGUCGAUGUUGCUGGAAGGAAACUUAAAGAAGUGCAAUGUCAGUUUCACGAGAAGUCGAAGCAGUUUGAUCAGCUUUACGAAGCAUUUACUAAGACGUCACAGGAGAUUCAGAUGAAGAGAACUGCCAUAGAGGCUUUCAAUGAGACCAUGCUGAUCUUUGAGGAGCAAUGCCGAGAACAGGAACGAUACGGGGAAGAGUUUGAAAGAAGUAAUCCAUCAGAGGAUUCCGACAACGAUCUGGAAAGUUUUCUGAUAAAUUAUGAGAAGUUGAAGUGCCGCCUUGGGGAGAUCUACGACAGCAAGAUCCAUCUGGAAGAAGACUUAAGGACCCAGGUGGAGGACUACAGGGAGACGGACAGAAAGAUAAACAGCUUGCGACCUGACCUUAUCCAUCUAAGAAACAUCAGAGACCAGUAUCUUAACUGGCUCAAUCACAAAGGCGUACGGCAAAAACGCAUAAACGAAUGGCUGGGACUACACAGCGAUAGCCUUGAUGACACAUAUGUAUUGAAGGGGGAUGAGAUGAACUUGCCACAUCAGGAUGAAGAAAGCUGGUUUGUGGGGGAGCUCAGUCGGACUCAGGCAGAGGAGAUGCUGCAGGGUAAAGCACCUGGGACGUUUCUGAUUCGAGAAAGCAGCAAACAGGGAUGCUACGCCUGCUCUGUUGUCGUAAAUGAAGAAGUGAAGCAUUGCAUGAUCUACAGUACAGCUCUUGGAUACGGAUUUGCUGAACCCUAUGAUGCCCACUGCUCACUCAAAGACCUGGUCCUGCACUAUCGCCUGCACUCCUUAGCACAACACAACGACGCGCUGGAUGUGCGGCUGUCUCAUCCCGUGCACGCCAAAGCUGCGGACAAUAAAAAUCCACACACAGAGGAACUUAAACUCUUAAAGACUUCAAAACACCCAGCCGGACUCCUGCCUGCCGCCCCAGAGAUGUAA